UUAUUCAUCUCAAACAAAAAGAACCUGUCCCUUUUCCCAUACUGCACAGGAGUAAGUACAACGUGCCGAUGGGGCAGUUAACAUCCAAACUGGGUAGGUUGGACCCGGGGGUUGUCCCCAAUGUCCACUUCUCAACCAAUGACGAAGAACCUCCCAGGUACUCUUCCCAAGGUAUUCCUUCAACCAUCAUCUCGGAUGUUGAGUCAAGUGCAUUAGAAGGUGGCUCAAAGGCGGGGCUACAGAGAUUUUCCGCCUACAGCACGUUAGACAUGGUGCCACAGCAGGGUCAUUAUGCCAAAACAAUUAUGCAAAAGAAUCUGAGGAGCCGACCAUCUCUUGAGGCUCUCCGCAAGGCAUUUAAGGAGGCGGAUGCGGAAAUAGAGGUCCCAACGACAGACUCAGGAGACAGCAGUAUGCCAGACAGUGGAACUGAAGAGUUAAAAGCGCCACAGGCUCCUGUUAGAUUUGGCUGGAUUUUUGGAGUCCUGAUACGUACCAUGCUGAAUAUUUGGGGAGUCAUCCUGUUUCUGCGCCUAACGUUGAUCACUUCUCAGGCAGGCAUUGUGUUGACCUGGGUUAUCAUCCUGAUCUCUGUUGCGAUUACCACAAUAACUGGCCUUGCCAUCUCUGCCAUCGCCACCAACGGGAAGGUACUCUCAGGUCAGUCACUUUCUGUAUCUCAACAUGGCGACAAACAGUGUUUUGGUUGGGGCCUAAAAAAAAAGGUAAGAUUUCAAGCGAAUUUUGGCCCAAAAUUGGGGGACCUGAUGGCAACUUUUUCCAGAUGUUUGGCCUUUUCUUCCCUGCUGUCCCCGGCUCCGUUUUGGAAAGUUAACUUUGUGGAGCCCUUUCCAAAGAACCUAAUGUUCGUCCCAAAGGGCCCCUUUAAUGGCUUUUUUUCUGGACUAAAAUCCCUAUCUAGCUAUUUCUAUAAUUGUGCAUCGUGUGUGGUGCAGGAUGCCUCUGGUAAUAUAACUGACAUCAUGACUGCAAACAUGACUGGUGACUGUCUGGGUCAGGGAUGUCAGUUCGGCUGGAACUUCACAGAGUGCAUCGUGUCCCAGUCUUGUCAUGAUGGUCUGGCCAAUACUCAAGAGGUAAUGGGCCAACUAUCAGCUUGGUACUACCUCGUCAACGUUGGUUCCUUUGCAGCCACCUUGUCGUCUUCUCUUGGCUACCUCGUCUCCGCUCCUAAAAUAUUUCAGUGUCUGUGCAGAGACAACAUAUACCCCUACAUUGGAGUCUUUGGCAAGGGCUAUGGGAAAAAUGAUGAGCCACUCCGGGCCUAUUUGCUGUCCUUCAUCAUUGCUGUGGCCUUUACUCUCAUCGGUGACCUAAACAUCAUUGCAAUGUUAAACUCAAGCUUAUUCAUGGCUGUCUACACCAUCAUCAACUUUAGCUGCUUUCACGCUUCAUUCACAAACUCUCCAGGUUGGAGGCCGCAGUUCAUUUACUACGAUAAAUGGGUAUCUUUAUUUGGAGCAGUGGUCUCUUUUGUACUGAUGUUCAUAUUUAGCUGGUGGGCUGGUCUUGUCACUUUGAUCAUCUUCAUCCUCCUGUGGCUAUACAUCUACUACAAGAAGCCAAACCUGAACUGGGGUACAUCAAUCCAGGCAGGUUCAUACAACAUUGCUCUGUCAGCCUCUGUUGCUCUAGCUUGUGUUGAGGAUCAUGUCAAAAAUUUUAGACCACAAUGUCUGGUCCUGACUGGGCCACCAACCCAGCGCCCAGCCCUGGUGGACUUCGUUAACUCCUUUACCAAACACGCAAGCCUCAUGAUCUGCGGAGACAUAAUCAUGGAUCAGGACAAGAAGACUCGGCCACAGGAGGCCACAGAUCAGUUGGUAAAGUGGAUGAACAAGAGGAAGGUGCACUCCUUUUAUUCUCCUUUCACUGCUAACAGCCUCAGAAGUGGAGCUCAAAACUUGCUACAGGCUUCUGGUCUUGGCAAGCUGAAGCCUAACACUCUGGUCCUGGGCUUCAAGUCAAACUGGGAGGAAAGUGCUCCUGAAAGCAUUGAAGAUUAUGUCAACACAAUAAACGAUACCUUCGAUUCCAACAACUGUCUCUGUAUUUUGAGGAUGAUGGACGGACUGGAUGUGUCUGACCAGUUUGAUUUUAAAGUGAACCAGGGGUUUGAGCCUGAUGAAUCUGUUGAAAAACGGGACCAGCCAUCUUCUGAGGGGGAACCCUCUGACGAUGGGACCGAUAAAGGCGAUGGUGAUGAGACAGUGUUUCAGGAUGACCAGGGGAAGAAAACCAUUGACAUCUACUGGAUAGCAGAUGAUGGAGGUCUGACUCUGCUGGUGCCUUACCUGAUCUCCAGGAGGAAACGCUGGAGCCGGUGUAGGGUCAGAGUCUUCAUCGUAGGAGAGCAACUAAACAAGGAGGAAAGCCGCAAAGAGAUGCUUGCUCUUCUGAAACGGUUUCGUUUGGAUUUUAAAGACGUUAGAGUCUUGACAGACUGCGAGAGGCGUCCACAGGCCAAGAACCUUGAAAGGUUUUUCGACAGUGUCGCCCCCUUCAGGCUAUAUGACGAACCGCAGGAAGGUGUCUCAAUCUCUCAAAACGUCCCAUGGAAAAUAUCGGACAGAGAGUUUGAGGCCUUCAAACUUAAGUCGGAGACAAAAGUGAGACUGAAUGAAAUCAUCCGAAAGAAUUCAAAACGGGCUGCUAUUGUGUUUGUGAGCCUUCCUGUGCCACACAGCGACUGCACCAGUGCUCUGUACAUGGCCUGGCUGGAUACUCUGAGCUAUGGCCUCCACUGCCCUGUGGUGCUGAUACGAGGAAACCAGGAGAACGUGCUCACUUUCUACUGCCAGUGAAUGAAUACAUGGUGUUAAUGGUCUUAAAUGAGGGUCUUAAAUGAGGGUGGUGAUGGCACGGUGGAUAGGAAACAUGCCUUUGUUGUGGGAGACCUGGGUUUGAAUCCCGCUGCAAUAGAUCAACCAAUAUGCAACCUCUGACAUACUAUAUAGCAAUUGUAAGUUGCUUUGGAUAAAAGCAUCAGCUUAAUGACAUGUAAUGUAACAGGGAUGGACACUCAAUCAAGCCAAAGAAACCUAAUGUUAAAGGGUUAGAAAACAUGAUUAAAUAACUAUAACUAAUAUUUGAAAAUAAGUGGAAUUUACAGAGUAACAGCAACAAAAACACUUGGGUGUAAGCGUUGUGUAAAGCCACGUAACGCAGCUAUUUUUAUUUUGGCGCCCAUGUUAUCCAAUCCGUGUACAUACUGGGUGCGUAGCGUCUACAUUGGCCUGCACGCUGCAAUCAUCAUUUCGGCAUCUCCUCUAUUUCUUGUGUCUUAAAAAUGAAACACUACCAUGGUGAUUUUGGCUGUCUUGACUUGACACGAAUAAAGAGAAGGACGGACGGUCAGAGAGUGACACACAAACACACAUAAACAAAGGCUACAAUUACCACAGUUUUCCCCACUCAUCCUGUCUCUUUCUAUCAGAGAGAGAGAGAGAGUGAGAAAGAGAGAGAGACUUUCAGGGGUGGUACAGACUGUUACACCAGCGGGGGGGCACUAUAAUAAAAAUAUUUUUUGUUGCCCUAUAACUCUUACACCGUGCAACACACAUUUAAAAACCUUAUAGCCAUGAAUCUCCUGAUAUAGGCCACGCCCAUUUCCACCUAGAUUGUUAUCAAUCCCAAUUUAUCGGGAAUGGCCAGGCGCGAUCUGGCACCUGUCUUCGCUUUUCCGACUACAUGCUAUGUUACGCGCCCGGUAUGUUUUUGCUGUAAGAGCACUUAAAGGCAGUGAUGGAAGAUAACACCAUGUAGUCACUUGCAUCACUCUCAUCAAUAAAAUCUUCAGGAUAAUCUAUAUCUGCGACAUUUCAUGCCGCCGAAUGUUCUGUCAAUGUCACUCAUUUUUGGCCCAAUGAGUUUCAUUCUGGUCGAUUUUGGAGGACUAGGGUUGACCGCUCCUCAGAUCUCUUCAGGGUAAAUCGAGACAGAUAGCUGGACUAUCUGUCCAAUCAGAGUUUUCUGUUGAACACGUUCCAGCAAAACAAGUUCCUUCCCUGAGGCUAUUUUGCAGCGGCUCAAGUACUGUGUCCAGUGCUUAGUGCCACCCAAGAUGAUUGUGAUCGGUUUAAUAAUGGCAAUUAACCAGAGCACAUUUUCUCCUAGCACAGAGUCCUGUGUAGACAAUGCUGUAGAGGAAGGUUUGGCAAUGUGCGACCAUCUUCUAAUCUUAGUCCGCGCCCCUGGCCAAAAGCUGCUGGUAAAAGCUAAGACGCUACCCAGCUGGAGCAUAACCUGGAAAAAAACUGAUACAAGACACACCCAGGCACUAUCUUGUGGGCAGACACCUUAUAUUGGUGAAAAGUGAUCCUGAUCAAUCAGAGCAACACCUGGUAGAAUGUCUUAUAAUACUGCAGAGAACACCACCGUGACCUGGUCUCCAUGGGAGAUGGGUCCAAGAGAGAUUCAAAAUGGCCGACACUCCCUACGUCUGGCCGGGACUGCGCUACACCUGCACCCUGCAGUUGUGGUUCUGGGUCAGUGACGAGUUGAACUGCUAUAAGAACUGGGACUUGCAUAAGACGUAUGAUGAUGGUGACAUGUCUGGAGCCAUGGACAGAGGAGGUGGUUUAAAAAGCUUUACAAUGAGAAGUUUAAUUUCAUCUGUUCUAAGUAAAAACGUUUAUUAUUUUUCUCACUUUGCAGUGGUGUGACGUUGACACUAGUGACCGGCAUUCUGACAAAUGUAGAAAUCACAACCUAAGGGGGUGAGAUAUGAAAUACCUAACAGACUUUCUAACAGCAGAUUUUAAAUUGAGGGACGAUUAUUGAGGAUAUUUGAUCCUGUAACAGGUUUGUCUGUCUCCUGAUUCUGAUUUACCUGAAUGAUCACUAUCUAUUUCCUGAAAUUGUUAUAUUUAGUUUUUCUCAAAGUGUGGAUCCUUUUUCCAUCUUUUGAGGUUGUAUUUAGUUUGAAUUCAAAACGUGUAGUUUUUACACAUAUAUGUGGCAGGAAAAGCAAUACAUACACCAAUCUACAAUAGAGGUUUGAUUUUGCUUUCCGUAUUCAUCAUGGAUCAUUUUCUUCUUUUUAUCAACUUUUGGUGAAUAUCUGGUGAUAUACCAUGUAAAAUCAGUGUAUCCAAUUUUUUGAGUUGUAUGUAAACAAUGACUUGCUUAGGCUGAAUAAACUGUUAAAACUACA